UUUUUUUUUUUUUGGGUUUUCUUCCCAUUUUUUUUUCGCCCAAAAAACCAGGAUUCUGUGUUUUUUUUGUUCUCCUGCUCUCUCUCAACCCCCCUGCAAACAUGAUGGUCGGAGAGGUCGAAGUGAAGGAGCGACCGAGGCCGAGUCCCGACUAUCUGAUGCAGCUCCUCAACGAGAAGAAGCUCAUGACCAGUCUGCCAAAUCUCUGCGGCAUCUUCACGCACCUGGAGCGGCUCCUGGACGAAGAGAUCAACAGAGUGCGUAAAGACAUGUACAGCGACACAGUGAAUGGCCUUGUGGAGAGACACCCCCUGGAGCUGCCUGAGCCUCUUGGACCCAUCGUCCACCUGCAGGAAAAACUGUUUGUGCCUGUCAAAGAGUACCCUGAUUAUAACUUUGUGGGGAGAAUCCUUGGCCCUCGUGGACUCACAGCCAAGCAGUUGGAGGCGGAGACAGGAUGCAAAAUCAUGGUGCGAGGCAAGAGCUCCAUGAGAGACAAGAAGAAGGAGGAGCAGAACAGAGGGAAGCCAAACUGGGAACACUUAAACGAAGACCUUCAUGUCCUGAUCACAGUGGAAGACACACAGGGCCGAGCUGAGAUCAAGAUGAGGAGAGCAGUGGAGGAGGUCAAGAAGCUCCUCGUACCUGCUGCCGAGGGAGAAGACAAUUUGAAGAAGAUGCAGCUGAUGGAGCUGGCCAUUCUGAAUGGGACAUACAGAGACAACAACAUCAAAACACCCACCCUUGCAUUCUCUCUUGCAGCGGCGGCAGCGGCCGCUCAAGGCCAACGUCUCAUGGCGGCCCCCUCAGGUCAGGUGAUGCCUCCCCAGGCACUCCGGCCCCAAACACCAGGCGGGGGCCCCAUCAUGAACCUCAUCCGGUCCCCUCAGAUGGCUGCCAUGCUGCCCAAUGGCACCCCCACCCUGGUGCCUCCCUCACCGGAUGGCGGGCUUAUCUACACCACCCCAUACGAUUACCCUUACGCCCUGGCACCCACCUCCCUGCUGGAGUACCCCAUCGAGCACAGUGGGGUUCUAGGUAAGAGAGCCUGGGGAAGCAUGGGUCCAGCAGGUACAGCGGCCAGCUUUAGCCAGUUUGGACAGGAGGGCAGCUUUUUUUACCCCGGAGCUGGGGUGCUGGACGCGGCUGCCAUGAGCCACAGUCAGGACUUGUUGAAAGGUGCAAUGGCUACUAAAGUGAGACGGCAUGACACGCGGGUCCAUCCUUACCAAAGGAUUGUGACCGCUGACAGAGCCGCCACCGGCAACUAACACAUGACCUUCUGACCUCUGAACUCUUCACCCAAUGACGAGCCGCCCCAAGCCUGCCUGCUGAUCAGUUAACUGGUAAUUGCCUUUUGCUAGCCUCUCGGACGCAAGUGAGAGAGAGGGAGGCGCCUGCCCGUACAGUUACCCUAACACGUUCUGAAAAAAAUAAAAAUAGAAACCAAUGCAGAAUCUUCACAGAAACACACAAAACCCAACAACGUUGUGUAAUAUCCAUAUUUUUCCCUCUGUUCAUUGAGUUCAGUUCCCAUUCUUUCACUUUCUUUUUCUUCAUGAAUCAUGUAGUGGGUGGAUGUUUGUGGUAUUACUCGUAAAUCUGCACUGAAUUAUAUAGCAAUAAAGACCCCACCCCCAACCUGCCCACCCACCCUCCUUUAACUGCUCUAAUUUGGUGACCUCACUUGUAUGAAUCAAAGUUCAAUAUCUAUUUGACGCAAACCAUUUGGUUUCAGAGUAAUCACAUGAUCCCCCCCCAAAACCAACCCCCGGAGCCCCCCACCCUGUUCCUACCUGUUGGGAGAGAAAAAGAAAUAGAAGGAAAGAGAACAUACACUCGCAUUAACUUGUUUAAUUUCUGUCAUUUUUCACAUAUAGUGCAGUUGUUGAGCUCUAAAAUGUAAUAAUGAGCUGACACAUUCUGGGUGUGCACCUCCAAACAGCUUUCUGUCUGUUUUUAAAAAAGCAUGGCUGAAAUGAUUGCAAAAAAAGAGCUUUUUAUGAUUUGUGUGUUUUUUUUCUUCCCUUUUUUGUUUUGGCUUUACUUUUGAGUCAUUUUCUCCACUUAAUUUUGGUUUCUCUGUUGUUCAUAUUUGACUAAUUAGCUUUGCUUAAAUUGACUAGCCAAAAUAAGGCAGGUGGUAACCUCUGGAAAACAAAAGCAAUCUAAUGUUUUAAGCAGGCUGCAGAAACUAAGAAAUGAUGAAGGGCAAGAUGGGAAGGUCACCAUUUGGGCUGAUGGGUGUGUGUGUGUGUGUGCGCGUGUGUGUGUGUGUUUUUUAAUUAAUACUACAAUGAAAGUAGGGUGUGUUGAGGCUUCGGGGACUUUGGGGCAGUGCUUAUUAGCUACUGACCAUUACUACGUCCCCAUCCACACUACAUCCAUUAUACAGUGCCUGAUGUAUUUAGAAAAUUAUCUCAAUGAGUUAGCCGAGCUGUGAUUGAAAAGACAAAAAAAAAAGUAUUAAGUGUGCAUAUUUAGCCAAAGGGUUUUCCAAUGAAUUAUAUAUCUGCAAUUAUGCAUAUGUCACACAGAGGGGCUCUCUUUGUGACUUUAGCGUUUGGAAGGGUGUGAAUUUGUGGUGCCUGCCUUCAACUGGAACAGACAGCCAGUCAGUUAGAUGACUUUUGACCCAUUAAUGCUCUAUUUUUUUUUUCUUCUGAGGAGGUGAACUCAGAUGAUUAACACUAAAUCAACACGCUACUCAAUUACAGUACAUAGCUAGAGGAAGGGCACUUUGAAGUUCUGUACAUAAAGGUUUUAGUGGUGAGGUUUCUUUAUUGAUUUGUUUCAUCAGCCACGUUGCCAAAAGAGUUUUUUUGUCUUUUAUUUUUUGCAACUCAACAUUUGGCCAAUUUUGUUUUUAAGUGUCUUUUUAUUUUUACCCAAAUCAUCAUUUGGGACAUCAGGUGGGCAUAAUCUGAGCCUUCCUGUAAAUUAGUUUAAGUCUUUGAUUAUUUUAGGGAUGAAAAAUUUAUCAACACAUGAGGAACCCUCCAAAAGCGCAUCCACAAUGUGUCACACCUCCCUUUGAUCGUAGUCUAGAUCCUGAGCCCACAAUCUUUUGUUCAACUCUCAAGAAAAAAAUAGGAUGUGAAAGCCAUGCCUGCCUGUUCAAAUUGCUUUAUACAUACGUCUUAUAUAUAUAUAUACAUAUAUAAAUAUAUUUAUAUAUGUGUAUAUAUAUAUAUAUAUAUAAAUAUAAAUAUAUAAAAAUGUAGAUAUCUGUCAUUGCAUAUACAAAUACAUAAGUGAACAAAAAAUAGAUAAUUUUACAGGGUGCUGGAGAAGAUAAAAAAAUUGAAAAAUCUAUUUUUGGCAAUUUUAGCUUUUGAUACUUUACUUGCAGUUACAAAAUCCGAAAAAAUAAAAUAAAAAAAAGUUUAAAACGAUAUAGGGGGAAAACAAAAAGCGAGUGGGUGUAGAAAAAGUGCUGUUACUUGGAUAUGAUUGGAAAGGAAGACGAAGACCAAAACAGUCAUAACCCUGGAAAAGUUAGCGAGGAUCAGAGCGAGACCGACGCCUCAAGAGAGUUUUAAAGGAUCAAAUCAAAGUGCCUUAUCAACAGUGGUUUCUGUUCUCUGAGUAUUCCAGUUGUUUUCAAUAAUAUCCAGCACCCACCAAGAUGGCGCAGAGAGGAAUGGCUAGUGUUACACGCUCUGAAUAGUCGAGCAGGGUAGCUCCCACCAUAUCGCGGUGUUACCGAAGUUAUUCUAUGCAAAAAGAAUAGCAGUCGUUUUGACCAGCUAAAAUAUGUGCCAUGGUUUUGUCUUCCUGAAAUUAUUUUUGUUUUUUCGUUUCCUUCACUUGAUGGCCCUUUACUCUGCUGUAUGCGCAGGAUUUGUCCUCUUUUUAUUUAGAUUUUAACGAUCAUAUGAAAUAUUGUCUUGAUUUUUGCUGACUGUGACUAACUUCCUAGAACAAAUUGAACUGCCAAUAGCAAUGCAGUAGUCUGCCUGAACAUGUUCUGAUCAUGAGCUGAGAAAAAUACAUAACGUUCAAGGUAAUGGAGAGGGAAAAGGGGAGGGGUCGUCCCCGUUGGCAUUAAGCCCAUUUGUUUCAACAGCUGCAAACUGAAAGCAUCCAGUCCACGUCUCUCCAUGUCAAUUUGACAACAAACUACCAACACAAUCACGAGAUUUAUAAUGGGCGAAUGAAAUGCUGGAUAAUGAAACAAGCAACUCUAUUUCACAGCCAAAUGAUUUUCAGUUAUUGAAACAACUGACACUUUUUUGCUAGAAGGUGAAGUAUUCUCAUAAUAUAAAAAUUGAGGAAUUCUCAGAUCCCAAUAUUACCCUUGGCAGUUUGUUUUUCUAUUCAUAGCUCUUUCAUCAUGCUGUUACACCGAAAGGUCAAUGAAUUUUUCUUUCUCAGUGUUAUUAUUUUAAAUUGAAAUGCAAUAUUAAAGUGGAGCAAGUGAUGGCUAUUCAGCAUUUGACAGUAUUAAAAAAAAAAAAAAAAAUCCUUCUGCAAUGUUACAACUUGCUGUGUCAUUGUGAAAGGCUGGAUAAGUCCAUCAGGUGAAAGGUGAACUAUAUACCUACCGUAUUCUCUCUGGCCUGCCUACUACAUGUAUGAUAAUGUAAUUAACAGCCAUUGUUACAGGUUUAUAAUGUAUUUUUCUAAUCUCAUUUUAUAUGUAUAUUAAUCAUGUUUCUGAGUGCUUUAUUCUUUUUUUUUUUUUUUUUUUUAUGAAAUCCACAUGCAACUCCCCACCCCUCCCCCCAAAUCGUCCCCUCUUCCUCCCCUCCCCCCAUUCUCUUAUACAUCUUGAAAUCUGUCUCUUGUGGGGAGUGUUGCCUUUUCCCUGUUAUAUUUGGUUUUGUUUUCUUGCCAAUUCCCAGCUUGUUUAACUCAUUAGCUACUUUAUUAGUUUUCUUGUCAUAAGUAUUUUUACAUGCUUGCAUUUAGUUUCCAUGGUGUAUGCUGUUAUUUUUCUUAUUAACCUCUUGGCAUUUAUUUUAAUAAAACAUUCUUAGUAAGAAUUUUACUAACU